AAGCAACUUUAAUCACUUUCUAGAAUUUUAAAAGUUUACAGAAUCAGAAGUUAAAACUAUCUGGACGAAAUUUAACAGUUCUUCGCCAACACGCUUCCUCAAAAUGGUAAGUGGUUAUUUGAGCAUUACAUUUCAAAGACAGAUUCGUUUGAUGUUUUUUAUAACGAAAAAUCUUGCGACAAGCGAAAAUGUGAUAUCGUUAUGAAACAGAGAUCUGAUGAUUUCCAUAUGCGAACGUAACCAUGUAACGUAGCUAUUGUCAACGGUCGAACGACACACUGACGGCCAUGAUAUAAUUUCAUGCACCUUUUCAUUUCGAAAAACUUGGAAAAUAUUUGAUACAUCCACCAAGUUUCUUUUGCAUGAAAAACUAGACGUUAAAAAAAGAGCGAUUUUAACUUUACUCCCUCAACGCAUGGACUACCUAUAGAUUCAUUCAAUUCCUAAAGUUUGAAAUAAAUUAUUAAGUCAAAGUGAUUAACGCAGAGCGAAUUUAAAGCAGUGUGGAAUAAACGCAAAGAGAUUGCAUGAAACUGUCCUACAGCACUAAGUAUAGAUUGAGCAUUACGUAACGAUUUCCUCAAGGAAAAGAAAAACCCUGUUAAUUUUCAGGACAAAUGAGAUUUAAUGUCUCCCACGUUAGUGCAGGUGAUACCCAGGGAAUUUGUAUGCGAUUACGCCUCAGCGGCACCACGUAGAUGCAAAAGUCCUCUAUGGUCAGGGGAUGUUGGUUGUGUUACAAAAAAUUAACCCGAUACCCCUUAGGGCUCUGCAGUAUGUAAAUGAUCCUCCCUCAUUGGCGGUUAAUUUUCUGUACUCUCCCUUUUAACCCUUUAACUCUCAUGAGUGACCAAGACAGAAUUUCUCCUCACAACAUCAAUACAAUAUCAACCAGAUAAGUGAUGAGAAUAAACAAACAUAUCAAUUUACGGAUAACUAGUUGAUCCAAUGCUAAAUUCUCUGAACUAAAAUUAUAAGAAUUGUACGGUUGACAGUAAGGAGAAUUACAAAUUUGAUCUGGCAGUUAAAGGGUUAAAUUCUGAUGGCGACGACUGGAGCAUGGGUUCCUGCCUACGUGUGGCUGCACUCUUUCCCCCAAGGUGUUAUCUCGCCUCCGUUUCACCUUUGGGGGGUGGGGGAGGUACGGCUACACGUGAGCUACAGGCGAUAAAUAAUGACUGCACCCUUUCCAGCGGUCAAUAAGAUUUUAGCCGGUCUGUUGCGAUUAUCAAUAAUAUCAUUGCUCAGCGAUAAGAUUCCGUCAUCAAACUUGAUUUGAAUUCUCUUUAUCCUUUUCUAGCGUGAUCACAGAAUGACACUGCACCCAGUAAUCAUCCUCUUCAUGUUGGUGUUCAUUGCAAACCCAUCUGAUCAGAGCUGCGGCCAAUCGAAAUCAUCCGAGAUGCACUUUGUGCUGAAGGGGCAUGCGUACAAUUCAAGCCAGGUUGCAGAUUACCCGUCAUGCCUGAUGACCUGUGUCAGGGAAACAAACUGCGUCAGUUGUAACUUCAACUUCAUGACCCGAAUAUGUGACUUAAACAGCAAAACAAAAGCGACAGAGCCAGGCAGUUUUAAAGCUCAAGAUUACAGCGUGUAUACAGAAAUGCUUAAGUAGACACUUAAUCUUAAAUAGAAUGACUUACAACUUUUAUAGCAAGAUAAAUUUCUUGAGAAUAUAGAUAAAGUAAUGUAAUUAUUUUGUAGCGAAGAGCAAUGCUCGAUUCAAAGUCGAAAGUGGUAUGGGACCGAAUGAGUUUCCAUUACUACACUCUAAUCGUCUACGAAACUCGUGAAAAUACAAUUCUGUGAUGAUGCUAGUCUGUAAGCAAGCCCUCCCUUGAACAACGCGAGUAGGCGAGAGGUAUGCAAAGGAUCUAUUACUGUCUUCUAAUCUCUAGUGCCAUACUAUGUGGUGAAUCUCUCCCCGACUCUUCUAAAAUCUUUCCACGUCAGAAACGCGUGUCCUGCAGCGCUAAUGUGAUCAUGAAUUUUCUCGAUGCACACUGCACUUUGAAAUUUUACACAUAUAGUGGAAAUGAAUUUUAAUGCAAUCUCUACUUCAUAAUUUUUCAAUUUUCCAACGCUUCAGACUACCCUCCCUUCCUCGUCCGCCGUCCAUCGUUUCGCGGGCGCACACCACUCUCUUCCAAGGAUGAAGCCUGAAAACCAGUUUUCUAAGUGAUCCUUAUCUGCUCAAAAAUGUUACCUUUCAACCCUUUACACCCUAAUAUCAGUAUGCAUAUUCUCCACACUGUUCUUUAUGCAUUUCCUAAGGUGCUGACAAGGAGAAUUUGUUUGCUAAUCAAAAGGUUCUUUCUCUGGUGACCAUUUCCUUUAUUCUCAUGACCUUAAUGUGUGAUUCAGGAGUGAUAUUGUAGGGAGAAAUUAGAUGCUGGUCACUCUUAGGGUUUAAAGGGUUAAAUGAGUUGCCGUCAUUGCAAUGUUUGCACAAAAGUGCAUUUGCUAAAGCGGAGAAUACUCAAUAGCGCUUAUUGGCGUUUUUGGUUUUCUUUCCUCAAUAGCGAUAACAGAUGAGGUUAAUUUAUUAUUUUGUAGAAAAGUUUGUGGUUAUUCAUCG